AUGACGAUUAAAGACAUUGCUGCCUCUCAUUACUUCACCCACCCGUGCGCAGCAAUCACUGAAAAUAACCAGGUGUACAUUUGGGGCAGGGUCAAUGGCCAAAUUAUUAAGACUCCAGAGCUCACUUCACACUCGUCGUUCGACGAACUUUUUACUGCUUCCUAUCCAGUGACCUACCAAAGUUUUCGAUUGAAAGAAUCGGAAAAUACGAAAGAUGAAAACAACCAAAAAGGCCCAAGCACAAUUGAGCGUAUAAGAAAAGCGUUCGAUAAUCCUGAAACUGCUGAUGUUGUAUUCAUUGUCGAGGGGAAGAAAAUCCACGCACACAGGAAUCUGUUGACUAUCGGCAGCGGUGUGUUCAAGACUUUGUUCCUUGGUAAUUGGAAGGACAGUUCCAAAAAGGAACAGACCGUCGAGGAUCACAGCUAUGACGCAUUCUACGCGUUCCUCAAGUACUUCUACACUAAUGAAGUUGAUUUCACUCCUCAACUUGCUCUUGAAGUUUACGAUUUAGCCCACUUCUAUCUGGUGACGGAUCUGAUGGAGGAGUGUGAAACGAUUCUCAAAUCUGGUCUUACAGUGCAAAACGCUGCUGCAGUUUACGAGAGGGCAAUUUUGUUCGGAGCCAAGGACCUGUGUGAGUUCUGCUUUGAAUUUUGCAGGGAGCAUUUGGUUUGUGCCGUGAACGAUAUUGAAUCUGAUGAGAGCAAGAGAAAGGCCUUCUUGGAAGUUUUUCGUUUGGUGGCUGAUGAAAAAAAGAAAAACUGA